CUGUCAAUCUGCAUGGCUGCAUCUCUGGUGUCGGAAAAUAAUUGACACACAAACCGCAUGAGGGGGGGGGGGGGGGGGGGGGGGGGGGGGGAGUGCGGUUUGUGUUGCCAAAAUCGCACUUUGAGGGUGCGAUUUGUGUUGCCAAAGUGCGGUUUUGCUAGGUCAGGACUAGACCGCAUCUGGGCCAUGCGGUUUGGUUAGGUCAGACACACAAGCCGCAUGGCCAAGAUGCGGUUUUGGCCCAAAAUGCUAAACCGCACCUUGGGGGUGCGGUUUACAUGCAAAACACACCAGGGGUGCGGUUUUUAAAAAAGGGUGCUAUUUUUGUAAUUUCUACAGAAUGGGUGCUAUUUUUGUAAUUUUUUUGAAAGGUGCUAUUUCUGAAAAAAUCCCGUAUUUUAUCCUCUCAACUCGACUCUCUCGUUCACUACUGCACGACCCUCAACCACCAAGAGUGUGAUUUAAUUAUACAUAGAUCAUUACAUCACUAUUAAUAGUUGUCUCUCAACCUCCAGUUCGUCAAAUUAACGAUUACCAAUGACAAGAACUUGAGAUGUCUCCUCUUCUCUAUUCUCCUAAAUACUAUCCUAAUUCAAGACUCUUUGCUUUGUUUUUUCUCCCUAAAUUAAAAAUAAAAUCCAAUUUACAUAUUUAAUGAUUAAUUGCAAAGGUAUUUAAUUUUGUAUUCGAUAAUACCGAUUGGGAUACCGAGGUACCAAUUGGGAUACUAAAAUAUUUAGGAAUUGAGAUUGAGAUACCAAAAUUAAUUAGGGACUGAGAUUGUGAUUGACUUUAAAGUGUAAUUCGGUAUUCAAAAUUUCGGUAUUUGGUAUUAGAAUAUCGAUACCGUAUCGAUUUCCACCCCUAAUUGCAAUGGUGUUACGAUCGGCCCUAGACUCCAUUGAAAACGAAUGGGAUUGACCAGCUGGUUCAAACCAAAUUUCCAACAAAAACAAGACCAGAGAGAGUUAGGGUCAAAAGUGAAAACUUAAAUUGCAAUAAUUGAGAAAUGACGAAAGUGAGAAAACUUAUUCAAAAAAAAAAAAAAAAAGACGAAAGUGAGAAAUUAGCACGUUUUUGGAGGGACCCAAAUCCCGCCACGUACGAGUUGUCCAACUGAAAAGAAAUCCCGCGACCCCUAGUCCCUACUCCCUAGUCCCCACCCCGUCUUUCGUCCUCUUCCCUGAACCGCGGGAGCCCUUUCUUUCCGUCCUUGUUGCGAGAAAUAACGGCGGAGUACCGGAGCGGCGGAGCCGACUGUGGAGUGGAGGCAUAACGCACCGGAGCCGACUGCGGAGUUGAGGCAUAACGCACCGGAGCCGACUGGCGACGGGAACCGCAACAAUGGCAGAUAAAAGGAAAUUUGAUGGCGAGGAACCUGUAAUUGAGAAAAAACAGAAACUUGAUGCCGAGGAAGUUGAUUUCGAUAACAUUGCUCAUGAGGAGUGCUACAUGAGUAAUGAUGAAUGGAGAGAUUGUAUUGCACAACAAUAUAAGGAAUUGGGAUUUAAAGAUCGUGAUAUAAUUGAGCUGAACGUCAAGUUGGAUGAAGUAAAUGACAGCUACAGAAAGCUCCAGGAGGAGCUGGAUCAGUCGCGGAAUGAUGAUAAGCUUGAAGAGCUCCAGGAGAAGAUUUCCAUAAUGAAUAAGGAGAUGGAGAGUAACCAGAAGGCAGCUUUGGACAAGGAAGGCCAUCUUCUCAGGGACCUAUCUACGGCUACUGAACUUAGUCGCCUAUACAAACGAAGAUCAAACACCUAUGCUAAGAGAGUUCGAGAAGCCAAGGCUACAAUUAGAGCUCUCACGACUGAAGAGCCUACUCCUGAAGCCUCCUUAUUCAACGAACUGCAGAAGCAAAUUAUGUCGAAAGAUGAGGAGGUAAGCAGCAGGGCAAGCGCUGCUGCUUCUGCAUGCAACAUGCACAAGUCUGUGGUAGAUAAGGUCGACCAGGAUCUCCGGAUCCAGUUCUCUCGGAGACUGGAUCUGGAGAAUCGAAUAGCCUCCUGUUCACGCACUGACAUUCAGGAAAUAGAUCGGCUAAUUGAAGAAUUUGUUGCUGUGAUCGAGUCCUGCAGUCAGUUAAGCCAGAAACGCCUUAGGACGGAGCUCGUGAAAGAAAGGAGAAUUCAAGAGCUCUUGGCUACUUUAAAGGGGGCGGAUCAGUAGACACGAUGAAGGUAUUGUGUCUUCUUGCUGUUUUCUUGGGGCGGCUGAACACUUACUUUCAUGUAUAGCAUAAGAAACUGGUUGCUUCUGUCGGUGCUCAAAUUCAAUGGUCUGGCAGCUUUGGAUGCUUUGGUCUGGCAUCUUACCUGAAGGCACACAAAAAAUUUGUUCAAUGGUAUUAUGUUUAUUUAUGUACAUUUUUUCUGUGCAGAAUAGUCCGAGCGGUUGGCUGCCGAUGUUGAGUGGUUCCACCUGAAGCUGUCUUCCCUUAGAUUGGUGGCCCAACUGUCCUUGAAGCUCUUCUGGAAGAUAAUCAGUUGGCAGCUAAAACUGGCGAUCCAUCAUUUCGUGUGCUUUAACGAUGUUUUUCUUUUGGGAGUUUUAGUUUUCUUCUUUCUUAUCCAUGCUGCUGUUUUGGAAUUUUUUACUUGGUUCCUUGGUAAUUGACAAUCUGCUUCGAGUCUUCCCUCGUAAAGCUUUUGGCUCCUAGAUACACGUGGGUGUUCAACUAAGUCUGAUUUUGUGUCCAUCAAACUCAAUGGUAAUAAUUUUCCUCUGUGUGAGUUCCACUUCGGAAUUUUGUGGAGGAAAGCUUCACUUGGGUAUCUUGAUUGGUAUGACUUAGAAGCCAGCCAAGGCUGCAUCAGAGAUGCUCGACGAUUGGACGGCAUCGAAUUUUCAACUAAUAAUGUCGAUUGUUCCCUCGAUCGAUGUACAAAUAGCUCUAAGUCGACAAUGUGGCAGUAUAUUUGCAAGACUCACUCUCAUAAUAGUUUUGCACGACAAUUGAGCUAUAGAAUCAGAGAUCUCUCGCGUGGCUCAAGCGGACCAUGAUAUCAGAAGCUAUCACUAGGCUUGUAUGUAUCUAUGGAUAGAAUAUGACUUCUUUUUUUUUUUUACAAGAGGACAUUGUAUUUCCAUUACUUGAUGCAGAAGUCAAGUGUUACAAAAGUGGUGAGACAACAUCAAGAAUCUGAACCCAUUCAGAGGGUAGAGUAUUCUUGGCACAUGAUCUAGCUACCCAGUUUGCUUUCAAAUCGCUUUUACGACCAAUGUGCGUGAUCUUAAUCAAUGAGUCAUAGUCCAUCGUUUGUCUGAUAAUGCCUAUCCAUGCUGCCGCUCGCCAUGGCCACGAUUUCGGAUGAUCAUGAAUUGCCUGAACAAGGGGCAGGCAGUCAGAGCGGACCAAGCAGUGAGAAAGGAGACCAACAGCUAAACGUGAGCCUUCCAAAAGAGCCUUGGCUUCAGCUUCAAAUGGGGGAAAACAGUGCAAGAUCUCAGCUUUACCGUCACACACUUGACCAUGGUUGUUCGAAACAACGACGCCAUAAGCCGCCUCCUGAGAAUCGAUAAAAAACGAUCUAUCACUGUGUAUCUCAAAAACGAUCCAUGGCUGUUCGAAUAUGACUUGCUGGCAGCUUUUCUUGUACCGAGGAAGUGUCCGAAGUGGUCCUCUAUCAAUGCACUCAAACUCGUGUUAUGCAAUAGCUUCAUAAACAAAAAGGAAGGAAUAUCUUAUAUAGUGGAUGGAUGGAUACCGGAUAUAUUGAGAAAUCUUUUCUUUUUUACAGUUAGUUGCUUUUCUAUUCCAAAGAGUUGAUGCAUUUAUUUUUUAGGAUAAAAUCUAAUUUUACAAUAUUUCCAUUAGAGACAAAUAUAUUUGUUAUAUUCAGAACCACAUACCUAUUUUCCAUUAGAAAAAAAUCGCAUAUCUUUUUAUGUGCCACGAAAAGUUAAUUAGCUAUAUGCAAAAGUAAUGGCGACAUUCAUUUUCGUCUCCUAAAGCAAUGAAUUGCCAACAAAUAAGUAUUUGCCUCUGUUAGCCUAUAAGCGAAAACUUAAAGGAGACCGUUGCCGAAACUUUGCCUCCAAAAGUAAUAGGUUAUUUUACGUAAUUUCAUAUAUAAGACACCAUAAUAUUAUUGCAGGCCAAUAAUAAUACUUAUAGAGG